CUGCUCUUCUUCUCCCCUGCAGCUCCCGAAAGCCCCCAAGCUGACGACAGCCCUCCCUUGAAGAAAAAUCGGUAAAAGCUUGGUAUUUUUCCAUAAUUUCUUGUUCAAGAACCCAUUUUCGGACCUAGAAUCCCUCUAAAGCAAAGGAAUUUUUCAGAUCUAGCUGCUGUUUCCUCCCCCUCCGUACACUGCUAUUGCCGGUGAGAGUCAAUUCCGUGACUCCCCUGCAUUUUCGGUCAGGCCCCCAAACCUGCCAGCUCCAAUUUCUGCUGCUGCUGGGAAAUUUUGGUAUGUUGACAGCUCCUCCAAACUUGAAAUUUCAUCAAUAAAUUGCUGGCUGUGUUGUCCAAAUUUUACAGAAAAAUGGGGAUGAAUUCCGGGAGCAAUUAGAGCAUUUUAAGCGUGUUUUGUUGCUUAAUUCAUGUAGGAAUUAGUUUAAUUAGGCUGCUGUGAUUUUUGGAGACUAAAUCCCGUGAAUUAGCUAGUGUUUUGGCCAAUUUUUGGAAGUUGCAGUGCUGUUCACGGCGUAAGCACUGUUCACCGGCACUGUUCAUGCACUGAUGGCCAACAAUUAAAGGGGAUUUAAAUGUUUAGUUUGUAAUAUAAGAACAAAUUUGGAGAUGUCCGGUCAUUUGGAGAUUGAUAGGAAUAGCAUCGUGAUUAGGGGUAGUCAUGGUGAUUUUACUUUUGAACCCGUGUGGCACGAUAAUUAAUUUUUGGAUAUUUUGAUUAUAUUCCUGAUUCUUCUGUUAGUUUAGCACUAAGAUCGAGUCUUCGGUUUUAUGCGAGUGAGUAGUGGCUGGACUAAACUUGUUUUAUACAAAAGUAAGUAUGACUGAUUUGAAGUGAAAUUUUUAUGUUUUUUAUUAAAUUGAGCAUGCCUACUUGAAAUUUAAUUGAUUGUCCUAAUGAUUUGAAAGUGAUUGGUGAAUUAUGAUUUUUCUGUUAACUUCUGCCUGUUUUGUCUCCGAUGUGGUUAUGUUAUUAAUGACCCUGCUAGUGGGGGUUAAACGCUAGCACAUGUCGACAUGUUAUUGAUAGAACCGGUUUGUUCAAGUAUAGCUUGCCAAUGGGAGGUUUAUAACACUGGCCAUGACCUAUAGAGGAAACGUCUAUUUCGUUCCCGUACUGUAUCCGUUUUUCAUGAUUGCACUUGUUGGCAUGCUAUAAGAAGUGAAACCGAGGACGUGGUUUUCCCGAAAAGUGACGAGUUAGAAGGCUAGCCAUUUCGAGAUUGAUAUAGAUUUUAGAUAUAAAUUAUGACCUUGUAAGUUAGACUGUAUUUGGAGAUUUUGUGAUAUCAGAGAAAAUUUUAAAAUAUUAUCUUCAGAUUUUGUGGUAUCAGAUUAUGAUAUGACCAAGUUUCGAGUCUUGUGCAUUUGUGAGACCUGUCUCACAAGUGUAUCGCGUCUGUCACGCCUUGAAUUUGAGUUUUAGGGCGUGACAAAAAGACAACCGCAAGUCACUUGAGUUGCAACUAACGGAGUCUGAAGAAAAGAGGGAAGUCAUGGACAAAGAGCAAACUGUUUUGCUCGAAAUGCAUGAUGAAGAAAGGAAACAACGACAAGAAUCGGAGGAGAAAUUGAGGGCGAGAUUAAGGAGGCUUCUACCGCCAUUGAUGAGCUACUUGAGAAGUUGAAGCGAAAUUAAAUGUCAAGAUACUUCUUCCAGAAGGUCUAGAAUUGUAGGUUGCAUGGUAAAUAUUUUUCCAUUGUAGAUUUAGCAUCAAACCUGUUUAAGAGAGAAAAAUUAUAUACUGAAACAACAGAAAUAGAAUCAUAUUGAAUGGAAUAUAGCAAUUCUUUGUCC